AUGCGAUUGCCAGCGCUAGUUGCUGAUAAUAUUGCUUCUACCAUGCCAGAGCUUUACCGCAUCGCUCCACCGGCUGAGAGCCCACUCCGCAAUUUACGACUGGAAGACAUUACCAGAACUGUGCUGAUGGUUCUGCAAGAGAAGGCCAGACAGGUCACCUCUAUUGAAGAACGAUGUGUGUUGUUUCAAGCCUAUAAGAUUCUGACUGGAGGUGGUUCUGAUCACACAUGUAGUGUUGAGACAGAAAAUGAUUAUUGCAAUGCAAGUCAACCCCACUGUGAUGCAAACACCCAUGAGGAAAUUUCAGAUAUGUCUAUUGCAGUCAGUACAUCAGAUCACGAAGAAUCACAGAUGGAUAAUAGUUGCCAGACUGAUGAAGUCAUUGUUUUAAGUGAUGCUGCUGUACAAACUAUGAUUACAUCUAUAUCCACUGCCACUUCCACUGCUGAUCUUAAAAAGAUGAUCAGUAGUGAGUCUCAGACAUUAUUGAAAUCCACAAGGUGCAUUGGAACUAAUACAGAUGAAGAAAUAGAAGAGUUGACCACUCUGAGUUGUGACCUCCCUGAGUCAACUCCAGGAUUUAGUGCAAAACCAGAAAAGCCCCCUGGACCUCCUGUUACCAUGAAGCAUGAGGUUUUUUCUCUUGUGACAGACUCAAAUUCCCCAAAAAAAGAGUCUCUGCAUGAGGGGAAGGUGUUGAAUUUAGCCAUAAAGGUUGAAGAGCACUUUCAACUUAGCACAGAUCCUAGAAAAUCAAAGCCAGUGUUGGAGAGGAAGGUGGGAUCUCAAGAGCCAGAGAGCCAUAAUUGA